AUCAAAUCUUCAUUCAAUCACGGAUAAUUCAGUAGCGAAGAUACCAAUAAUAUCAAUGUUAUUAUUAUAUAUGUUGUCGUUCAGCCUCUGAAGCAGAGAAAGGGAUGUACGUGUGUGCUUUAUUUGUGGUGUCGCCGCGCCUCAUGUUAUGAAUCAAUGAUAGACUGACAGCUCUGCGACAUGCACAUAUAUUUGUUAUUACGCAUUUUAUGCGAUCAUAUGAACCGAGAUUAUUAUUUAUUUGCAAUAUUAAAUUACUUAAAAUGCUCUUUUAGAUAUAUUUAGCGAAAAUAAUUGGCCUAGCGGUUGAACACAUUUAGUUUCAAAGUUGGCUAACCCAUCUGUAAAAAGAGCAUCAGGACUUGUCUUUAAAAAAAAUAGAGUGCAGCAUGUUGUUAUUUUCAGAUAUGUUUGUGUAUAAUGGAAUGUAAAGUUUUUGCUCAAAUUUUUUUUUUUUUUUAUUUCUGACAGUAUAUUCUGGGAAAUAGUUGGAAUAAACUUUGUAUUUAAAUAUGAUUUAUUACACUUGGUUAUAGAAUUAUGACCAUUAUCCUCUUUAGUACAGUGAUAUAGGCUCAUAUGUUUCCUGAGCAGAACCAGCCUAGGUCUUUCAGGUUUAGGUACACCCAUAGACUACCUUGUAUAUUUUCCUUUAGGGUACCAAAGAAACCUCUUUGUGUAAGGGAAUUAUUGUAAGGGGGGUUUAUUGCAAGUGGCUGCUGGUCCCUCAUUCUUCCCGCUAUUCUUUAAAAUGAAGUAGAAAGAAAUGGAUGUAUAGAAAUUAAUAGUAAAUUAAGUACUUUAAGUAUUAAGUAUGCCAAAAAAGGGUCAAACCACAGAACUUUGAGUUUAUACAUUGCUAUUAGACAUUUAUUUCGAUAUCUUUACUUUAUUUGUACCCCAGCAUUUACACACAUUAAAGUGUGGUGUUCAUUGCCACAAAAAGUCAGGAAGGUCUCUUAUCAAACCACAAGAAAUACAAGUUUUCAACUGCCAAUGUGUAAUUAAGAAUUAUAGUUAAUGCAUUAGAGUUCUCAUCCAGUUAUUUAAGUGCUUUAACCUUGAUGCAGAAAGGGCUCUUGUCUAGAUAACAUAAACACAAUCAAAACGUGGAUCAGAACCUGUGGAAUGAGUGCGUGAUUAUCAGCAAUGCAUGUGUGAUUUCGUAAAUCUUAUCUAUCAAGGUUCGUCCCAUGAGGAUGACAAGCUUCCCAGUCCUGUCAAUUUCAGCUUCAUAGUGCCAAAGAAGGAGAUCAGCAUGGUGCCUGAUAUGGGAAAAUGGAAAAGAUCACAGGCAUACGCAGACUACAUGGGAUUCAUUCUGACCAUGAAUGAGGGCGUGAAGGGAAAGAAACUUACAUGUGAAUACCAGGUGUCUGAGACAGUGGAGAAGUUGCUUGCUAUGUUGGGAACAUUAGAUCACUGGAUUGAUGAGACGCCACCAGUAGACCAGCCUUCUCGCUUCGGCAAUAAAGCUUACCGCACAUGGUAUGCCAAACUGGAGCAGGAGGCAGAGACACUGGUCAAGACCGUUCUGCCAUCAGACCGCCAUGAUGCUGCUCCAGAGAUAGCCGUGUACCUGAAGGAGUCUGUGGGCAACUCCACCAGGAUCGACUAUGGCACAGGUCAUGAGGCCGCAUUUGCUGCGUUCCUCUGCUGUCUCUGUAAGGUGGGAGCACUGCGCAUUGAGGACCAGCUGGCCAUCGUAUUUAAAGUUUUUGAAAAGUAUCUGCGAGUGAUGCGCAAACUGCAGAAGACAUAUAGGAUGGAGCCGGCAGGGAGUCAGGGUGUGUGGGGCCUUGAUGACUUCCAGUUUCUUCCCUUCAUAUGGGGGAGCGCACAGCUUAUAGACCACCCAACCCUGGAGCCCCGACACUUUUUGGAGGAGAAGGCCGUAAACGAGAACCACCAAGACUACAUGUUUCUGGAGUGCAUUAAAUUCAUCAAUGAGAUGAAAACAGGCCCUUUUGCUGAGCACUCAAAUCAGCUUUGGAACAUCAGCGCUGUUCCUUCUUGGUCCAAAGUCAAUCAAGGUCUCAUACGAAUGUAUAAAGCGGAAUGUCUAGAAAAAUUCCCCGUCAUCCAGCAUUUCAAGUUUGGCAGCCUGCUCUCCAUCCAGCCAGUCAAACCAUGAGAGACAACAAAAAGAAUUAGCACCUUGUCAGAGAGUACAACCAAAACUCCGACUUUGGACAAAAGCGCUUCAGUCAUGUUAACAAAGCUCAAUAUGCAUUCUCUUCACCAGAGGUGCUUGGUCUUACUCCUGUAGAUCUACUUUCCUGGAGAGUUCAGUCCUAAACCUGUUCUAAUACAUCCUAUCCUAAAAUAUUUAAGUGAACCUGAAGACCUUGAUCAUCUGGUUCUGGAGUAUUUGAGUUGAGUUGAACUAAACUCUGCAGGACAGUAAAUCUGAACAGCCCUGCUCUUCACAAUCUACUAGUUGUGUAUAUGAAAUCACACUUCUGAUAUUCCUCCUAGUGAUGCAGUUUGUCUUUAUGGUUUUAUUUAUCUAUUCCCUGCAAGCAGGAAGUUGAACUGCUACUAAGACACCUGCAGUGAGCACUCAACUCAGAUAUGCACAUAUACAUUUUCAUCUGGAUUGGCAUUUAUAUUUAUUUAUGUGUAUAUAAAGAACAGAGCUUGUCACAAUGAAUGGUUGAAGGCUUGGUUUUGGUUUAAUGGAUUCCAUUUCCUGUGUGCAAAGAUCUGAGGCCAAUGAACAAUAAUGUGUGUUUGUGUGUGCGGGUGUUGGUGAGUUUAUGGAGCAAAAAGCACUUCUUGAGUAACUUGCUGUUCAGUUAUCAAAGAUCGCUGAGGCGUGUUUUUGCUGUGAAUGGUUUUGAUGAGUAUCAUCUUUAUGUAAAGACAUUUAUAAGUUGUCAACCACUUUAGUUUUACAAUUUUGGCUGUGCUUAUUUCUUUCAUAUUCAUUUAACCGAAAAUAGGACGAGUAAUUGGUGUAUAAAAAUGUCAAAAAGGCUUAACCCUUAUAGUUUGUAAGCAGCCACAUGUAGCUAAUGCCAUAGUCUUCCGUUGCUAAAUGAAAGCAAUGUAUUUGGAUCCACCAGUUCGGCAUUAUGGUAAAUCAGUCAAGCAUUUUUGAUUUCUAAACUUUAUUCUGUGUAAAUAAAUGGUUUCAGUUUGCUUCAA